AAUGCGAAGAGCUUCUAGGCCGCAAACUGCGCAAAAUAGGAGACUGUUGAAACUUUCUCGUUAAAGCAUUUAACUAACAACCACAAAAACUCCUCAAAAUCUACGAUAAGAGGCAAACCGCAAAAUUAUCACAACAAAUAAUCUCACUUUCACACCUAUACGUCCCUCAAAUGGACAGCCUUCGUCCUCAACCUCAUCAAUGGCGAGAACAAAAGAUAACUCCGACGAUGCCGACGACGGCGAAGCUCGGUCAAGCCCGCGCGGCGGUCGCCGCCGCGACCCCCGCCUCAAGGACAUGGGCAUCUCAUGCAUGCUUAACACAGAGGUGGGCUCCGUCCUCGCCGUGAUCCGCAGGACCCCCGUCGACUUAUCCUCCUCCGGCGCCGGUGGGGCCCCAUCUUCCCCCCACGACAUAGCCGACCUCCACAACUCCAACAUAAUAAACUCGCUGAAAUCUCUUCGAUCGCUGCUGUUCCACCCGUGUCAUCCGGAGUGGAGGCUGACGAAUCCGUCGGUGUAUCUCGCGCCGUUUCUUGAUGUGGUGCAGAGCGACGACGUACCAGCGUCGGCGACGGGGGUUGCUUCGGCGGUGUUGAAGAUAUUGAAGCUUGAUGUGUUUGAUGAGAGGACGCCGGGUGCGAGAGAUGCGGUACAUUCGGUUAUUUUCGCGGUGACCAAUUGUAGGCUUGAACGGACGGAUCCGGCGUCCGAGGAUGCUGUUAUGAUGCGGAUCCUGCAGGUAUUGACAGGGGUGAUGCGCACACGGGCGUCCCUCCUCCUGACCGACCACGCGGUCUGCACCAUAAUCAACACCUGCUUCCACGUCUUCUCUCGCCUCCCUGAACUCCGCUCCGAAAACACCAGCGCCACCCACGACGAAGAAUCCCUCUCGGGCUCCGACGCAGAUGACGACCCAGUGGUCAUCGGGUACGGAGCUCGAUGCAUGGUCGACGUAUUCCACUUCCUAUGCUCGCUGCUAAAUGUGGGCGAGGUGGUUGAUGAUGGGGGAGGGGUGAGUUCGGAUGAGGACGUGCAGGUGUUCGCGCUGGUGUUGAUUAAUUCGGCUAUUGAGCUGGGAGGAGAAGGGAUCGGCAAACAUGGGAAGCUUCUGGGGAUAAUUCAGGAUGAUUUGUUUCAUAAUUUGAUUCAUUAUGCGACGAGGUCCAGCCCAUUGGUGCUGUCCAUGAUUUGCAGCACGGUUCUCAAUCUCUACCAAUUUCUUCGCAGGUCGCUGAGGCUCCAACUAGAAGCAUUCUUCACCUACGUCCUCCUCAAGAUUGCAUCCGGCAGCAGCGGCCUCCACCUCCAAGAAGUCGCCGUCGAAGGCAUCCUUGGCUUCUGUCGUCAACCCACCUUCAUCAUUGAAGCCUAUGUCAACUACGACUGUGACCCCCUCCAUUACAAUGUCUUCGAAGAGCUCGGUAAACUCCUUUGCAAGACCGCCUUCCCCCUCUCCGCCCCGAUGUCCCCCAUGCAAAUUCAAGCCUUCGAAGGCCUCGUCACCAUCAUCCGUAACAUCGCCGAUGGUGUCGAAACCGAUAAAAUCCCCGUAAAAGACUCCUACGACCUCGACAUAUCGGAGUUCAAGCCUUUCUGGACAGAGCGCUGCGAUACAUACCAUGAGAACACAGAGUCAUGGGUUGAUUUCGUUCGGAUGAGGAAGCUCAAGAAGAAGAAGAUUAUGGUGGCCGCGAACCAUUAUAACCGAGAUGAGAAGAAAGGGCUCGAUUAUUUGAAGAUAUGUCAGCUUGUUCCGACUCCGCCCGAUCCGAAAUCGCUGGCCUACUUCUUUCGCUACACGCCUGGGCUCGACAAGAAAAAAAUUGGAGACUACUUGGGCGAUCCUGACGAGUUGAACCUCAAAGUGUUAGCUCAGUUCACAAGUACUUUCGACUUCUCCGGUGUGACAUUAGACACUGCACUGCGAACAUAUCUUGAAUCUUUUCGGUUGCCUGGUGAAUCUCAGAAGAUUCAGAGAAUACUUGAGGCGUUUUCUGACCAAUAUUAUAAGCAACAAAGUUCGGAUAUAUUCGCCAGUAAUGAUGCGGUGAAUAUACUUUGCUACUCGGUUAUUAUGCUCAAUACCGAUCAGCACAAUCCGCAGGUUAAGAAGAAGAUGACCGAGGAGGAGUUUAUUAGAAAUAAUCGAUCGAUCAAUGGAGGGAAUGAUCUUCCGAGGGAGUACCUCUCGUCACUCUUCAACUCGAUUGCCACAAAAGCGAUCGCUGUCUUGGUUGAAAGCACCGGAGCAGUUCUAGAGCUCAAUGCAAAUCGAUGGGCUGAUCUUGUUAAAAGAGCCAGAGCUUCAGAGCCCUUCAUCGUUUGUGAUUACAAGCACAAGCUUAGUAGAGAGGUUUUUGUUACGAUUUCAGGCCCAUCCGUCGCGACUUUAUCUGCAAUCUUUGAGCAGACCGAUGAUGAAGACAUAUUAAAUGAGUGUGUCGAUGGGAUGAUAUCAGCAGCGAGGAUUGCAAGGUACGGGUUGGAAGAUAUUCUUGAUGAGCUCCUCUGUUGCUUCUGUAAAUUCACGACGCUGUUGAAUCCUUACGCGACGGCGGAGGAGACGCUAUUUACUUUCACCAACGAGAUGAAGCCAAAGAUGGCGACACUGGCCGUGUUCACAAUCGCAAAUAAAUUCGGCGACGCAAUUCGUGGGUCAUGGAAGAAUUUGAUAGACUGUUUGCUCAAGCUGAAGAGGCUGAGAUUGCUGCCUCAGUCUUUGGUCGAGCCAGAAAAUGCAUCGAAGCAAGAACCGGAAAUCAACAGUUCGCAUAUCAAGACUGAAUCUGGAGUUAUUUUUCCUUCAUCCCAGUUUGGGGCCGGAGGCAAUAAUCGUAACGCGUCAGGUUUAAUGGGAAAAUUCUCGCAGUUUCUGUCGAUGGAUAAUGGUCAAGAAUCGAUGUUGAAUGUCGGUAGUGAGUUUGAAAACAACCUCAAAAUCAUACAGCAGUGCAGAAUAGGGAGUAUCUUCACUGAGUGCUCCAAGCUCCCUGAUGAAUCAUUACAAAAUCUUGGCCGGUCGCUGAUCUUUGCGGCUGGAGGCAAAGGACAGAAGUUCAGCACGUCUGUCGAAGAGGAGGAGACCGUCGGAUUCUGCUGGGAUCUCAUUACCUGCAUCACCUCCGCCAACCUUCAUCGCUUCUCGACAUUCUGGCCUCAAUUCCAUGAAUGUCUCGGUAUUGUAUCCCAGUUCCCCCUGUUUUCUCCAUGCCCUUUUGCUGAAAAGGCAAUCAUCGCCUUCUUCAAGAUCGCUGUCAAGCUCCUCUCAUCUUCCACCGCUCAUUUUGACAAAACCCCCGAAGACCUCAUCUUUAAGACGAUAAACGCCACAUGGAAACUCGAUAAGGACAUACUCGACACAUGUUGCUGUGACAUAGCUGACUCGACGACGGAGAUCCUGAACGACCACGUGAUGAACGUACAAACGAUGAUAGGGUGGAAAACUCUCUUGCAUAUGCUCUCAAUCACCGGACGACAUCCCGAGACCUUCGAUCAAGGCGUGGAGUCCCUCGUAAAGCUGAUGAGCAACGGGACCCACGUCACCCGAUUCAACUACCCGUUCUGCAUCGAGACAGCGUUCGGGUUUGCCGCACUGAAGAUAAUCCCGCUCGAAACGAGCUUCAAGAUUCUUGAUCUAAUGGCAGGUUCGGUUAGCUGGCUGAUACAAUGGCACAAGUCAGGUUACUCCCUCGCAGCGAACCUAUUCCUAAAACUAGCCGAAGCACUCAGAAAGACAAGCCUGGUUCGGCGAGAGGAGAUACGGAACCAAGCGGUGCAAGCUCUCAGGCGCUGUUUCCAGGGGACGGAGGAGCUGGAGUUCACUCCGGCAAACUGUCUGGCGUGCUUCAACCUGGUGAUAUUCGCAUUGGUGGACGAUUUGCAUGAGAAAAUGCUGGAGUAUUCGAGAAGGGAGAACUCAGUUAAGGAGAUGAGGAGCAUGGAGGUGACGCUGAUUGAGGCUAUGGGGUUGUUGGUCGAGGUUUAUCUUCAGUUUAUGGUGUCAUUGUCGCAGAGCCCAGGGUUCAGGACGUUCUGGCUCGGGGUGCUGAGGAGGAUGGACACAUGCAUGAAGGCGAACAUGGAUGAGGCAGGGUAUGGGCCGCUGCAGGAGGCGGUGCCGAGGUUGUUGAAGAAGAUGCUGGUGCAGAUGAAGGAGAAGGAGAUACUUGUGCAGAGGGAUGGGGAUGAGUUGUGGGAUAUUACUAACAUUCAGAUACAGUGGAUUGCUCCUCAAGUAAAAGAGGAGUUGUUUCCUGAUGUGUUUUGAUCUUGUUAAGUUAGCAAUCCAGCUUGCUCCAACCAGUGUUUCAUUGAAA